AUGCACCGCGAUACCGUCACUGACACUCGCUGCCGCCUCCACCGCCCGCUGCAAACUCGCUGUCCCUCGGCUCACGCAGCCUCUCCAGGCCCCGGGCGCGGCCGGGAUCCCUUCCCGCCUCCACUUCGGUGCCGGCCGGGCAAGCGAGAGGAACAAAGCGCUCUUCCCAGCCCGCACCCACCCACGGCGGCGGCGGCCAUGAGCCCGAUGGAAACACAGCGGGUUGCAACACCCCGGGCCCGAUUUCACCACCCGGCCGGGAGCUCGCGGAGCCUCCCGGCCCCGCCGCCGCCUCCCGGCCACACUCCUGUCCGGAACAAUGCAAGGCCCCGUUUCCCAGCCAGGAAACGCCGCUGCCCAUCGCCCACCGCCUCCCGACGUGACCGGGACCACGCCAAACCCGGGCGACCCCGCUCUCCGCGCACACGCUGGCCCACCGAGGCCGCCGUUCGUCCCCUGCCCCUCACGGGCAAUGAAUGGAGCGGCGGGGCCGGCGGGACAAUAAGGCGGGAGCCACGCGCCCCACGCCGGCCCGGCUCGGGUGGUGCCUCGGCCGCCGCCGCCACGCCGGGGCCGCGCACCGGCCCGGCCGGCCCCCGCCCGCCCGACAGCGGCGGCCACGAAGGCAGCGCCAGCAGCUCCUCCACCCAUCGCGCAGCGCCCCGGCUCCACAGCGCUGCAGGGCCCCAGCGUGCGCCUCCCGCCCUCCGCCGCCUCAGCCCGCUCUGCCACCCGGCCCGCUUCCACCCCGCCACCGCCCGGCCGCCCUGA